UCUGAAGGAAGGGUGCUGUUCCUAUCAGGCCCUCCAGUCAGGAUUUCUGAGUGUAAAACCUCUGGCAUUAUGACAAGUUUCCUCUCUCAUCUGUGUGGACCCACCCCGACAUCAGUUUCAUUUCUGAGUUGACUCUAGUCAGAGGAACUUCCCUACCAGGAAUCUGGAAGUGGAGCUGCAGAGCGACUGACAGCGAUUUUGUGACUGACUGCCCUGUGAGGAGGAGUGAAAAAGUCCAGGCCAAGAGAGAAGACUUCAACACCAUUGUAGGUGCAGAGGCUUAGGUGAAGCUUAAUUCUUCACUUGGAAAAUCUUGUCUGAUCCAUCUCUGCCUAUAGAUAAUUUCAGGAAGAACCAUGGCCUCAGUCCUAGGGAUCAGGAAGAUGAGGGAGGAAGCCACGUGCUCCAUCUGCAAGCAGCUGAUGAAGGAGCCCGUGAGCAUCUACUGUGGGCACAGCUUCUGCCUCGAGUGCAUAAGUGGCUACAUUGGUCAGAGACUCAAUCAUGGAUUAUUUGAGAUGAUGCGUUCUUGUCCCUUGUGUGGAACAUUAUUUCAAAAGGAGAGUCUCCGACCCAACAAGCCACUGGAAAACCUCAUUGAGAGCAUCCAGGAGCUGGAGCGUGAGAGGCUGUGUGAGGAACACGGGGAGCGGCUCCACCUGUUCUGUGAGGACGACGGGCAGCUCAUCUGCUGGCGCUGUGAGCGGUCCCCAGAGCACAGAGGACACCACACGGCUCUAACAGAGGAUGUGUGUUUAGACUACAAGGAGAAGCUCCAGGAAGUUGUGACAAAACUGAAAGCACAGAAAGAUACAUGUAAGAGUGCAAAGUUGUUCACGAGAGACCAAAUAACAAAAUGGGAGGAGAACAUAGAGCUUCAAAAACAGAAUAUCCAGUCUGACUUUGAGAAUCUCAUCAACUUCCUGUCAGAGGAGAAGAUGUACCAUCUACGAAGACUGGAGAAGGAGCAAGAACAGACUCUGGACAAACUGUGGAAGAAUAAUAACUGUCUGAAAGAGCAGAGCCAGGAACUCAAGAACCACAUCCUGCAACUGGAGGAGAAAUGCCAGGGCUCAGCCCAGAACUUGCUACAGGGUGUAAAAGACACCUUAAGCAGGAGUUCCGCAGUGAAGCUGAAAGUACCAAAGCCUGUCUCUUUGAAAGUUCCUUCUGUCUGCAAUGUUUCUGAGCUUUACUUUGACAUGAGGAAAAUAUUGAGGAGCUACCAAGUUAAUGUGACUCUGAAUCCCGACACAGCUCAUCCUGAACUAAUUCUGUCUGAGGAUCGGAGACAGGUGACCCGUGGCAGCCCCCAGAAGAAGCAUCCCGAUUCUAGGAGAUUUAGUGUGUUACCCUGUGUCCUGGGGUGUGAGGGCUUCACCUCAGGGAGACGUUACUUUGAAGUGGACGUGGGAGACGGAAUGCAGUGGGAUAUAGGAGUUUGCCUGGGAAAUGUACCCAAGAACGCUGACGUGACACUGAUGCCUCAGUCUGGAUUCUGGGCCAUCAGACUCAGCAACGGGAACUGCUAUGAAGCUCUUACCUCUCCCCCAACUUCCCUUUGUCUGAGGGAGAAGCCCACGGUCGUGGGACUUUUUCUAGACUGUGAUGCCGGACUUGUACACUUUUAUAAUGUGACAACUGGCUCCCACAUCUUCACCUUUGGGAAAUUCUUCCUCUGUGAUACUAUCUGGCCCUUUUUCCAGGUUUAUCAUUGUUCACCUUUGUUUCUGCCUCCUCCAGAGAACUAAGUAAGUACAGGAACCAAGUCUUUUUGUUUAAACAUCACAGGUAAUAUAAAAUCCCGUGAAGGCAGUAAUCAGAUGUUUACUUCACUGCUCGUUCCCUUCACCUGUGAUAAUGCCGAGCACCCAGCGGAGUUUUAAUAAAUCUGCAUUGACUGAUGCACGUAUAGACUCUAAAACACGAGAGAUGAGAGCCAUGAUUAUAAAUUGCCCUCUCCAUCCCUUGUCAGUGGGUUCAGAUUUGGUUUAACAAGACUCGUUGGAUUAAAAGCAGGGUGACAUUAAUCUAGAGGCCUGCAUUCUCCCAGUUUGAAACCAUUUAACUCAUAUGUGGGGAUGAAGGGAUGCUGCAGAUGUCUGUCAGCCACCUAAGAAUUCCAAAAUGGGGCCUCCCUGGUGGCGCAAGGUGUUAAGACAUAACCUAUGAAGCUAUCCACAGUCACUGUAGCUCGAAUUCCAUCCCAGGCCACGGAGCAAACCACAUGGUGCAGCAGACCUCUACUGUCUCGCCUGCUGCUCCCCUCAGGAGUGUAUUUCAGUCAAUCUGCCUGUUCUGUUCCCCCCUCUGUCUCUGUUGAAUCCUCUCAUCCCCACACCUCUGGCCUGUACCCCAGCUCUUGUAUGCAUAAAUAA